UUGACAAAAGGUUGAAAAGGGUACACCGGGAAAUAGCUAAAGAGUAAGAAGAGAUGAUGGAGGGGAAGAAGCUGCCUACCUUAGCUCUGGCCCUGAUGAUGCUACUGAUGUUAUGCUCGAUGGCUUCUCCAGCUCUGGCAUGCCCAUCCAACGGCAGCGGAUGUAAAGCCUGCAUCCUUGACCAGAUGAAAUACGGUUGUCCUUCAUGUGUGCCGCUUAUACGCUGCAUGGCACGGUGCUUGUGGGGUGGAACCUCCAGGUCAAAGUGUAUCAGCCGGUGUGACUGCAAUGGUGGGAAGCCAAGACUUUCUGACUGCAAGAAGUGUAUGUCACGGUGCAAAUGCAGUUGUGUGGCUUGAACGACUCCCCAUCCAAGUAGGUUUCCAUUAGUUGUGGCUUUCUAUUGCAAAAACUACUCAACUUGCAGUGUCCUGUUUCUUGGAAAAUCUGUAUUUUUGGUUCAUUACUGUCUGAUUUGCAUGAA